UUAGAUAACUACCUACAGCACUAAGCCUAACACACCCGAACAUCAUGAGCUACUACGGUAACUACUAUGGCAGCCUGGGCUACGGCUAUGGCGGCUUCAAAGGCCUGGGCUCUGGCUACGGCUGUGGCUGUGGCACCUUCAGCAAACUGGGCUGGGGCAGUGGCUUUGGAGGCUAUGGCUAUGGCUCUGGUUAUGGAGGCUACGGCUAUGGCUCUGGUCAUGGAGGCUAUGGGUAUGGCUGCUGUCGUCCAUCCUGCUUUGGAAGAUACUGGUCUUCUAGAUUCUACUGAAUAAACACUUGAAAGAGUGAGAUAUGUGGACUCAAUCAUCUGCAAGGGUAUUUCUUCUAUCAGCUGAUUCCCAUCAUCCACAUACUGUGUUUAUCCUGUUCUGAUAGUUAAGCUGAAGCUGGAUCACUUGGCUUCUGUCAGUAAUGAGACUUAAAGCUUAAUCAACUAGAUGUUGAUGUUUGAAGAACAACAUUCCUCAGGGUUCCUCUCCUACAAAGUAUGGGAACUCAUUCCAGUCUAAUAGGUCUUUGCCUUUCAAUAUCUGUUACCUAAUAAUAAACUUCCUCUGGCGUUGCAAA